AUGGAGCAUAAUUUCGGGAGCAGCCACUACGACACCGGCUACCGCAACCUGGGUGUCAAUGAGGAAGAGGAAGAACAAUGUGAAGCCAAUCGUGGAGCCAACUCGUCGGUUAUAAUGGGAGGAGAAGAGGAUGCACGGCCGGAAUCUGAGCGCGAAGCGGCGGCCGCAAACCAUGUUGGCUCCGGAGAGCCGAAUCUCUUGGACGGCGAAAACCAGGAGGACGGCCCUGGCUAUGGCCUGGAGCUCCCACAGCAGCAGGAGGAGCCGGCCCCCCCAGCCGUGGAGGGGCCACUGAUCGUGGAGAGAAAGCAGCGCCGCAGCCGCAUCGCAUUCACCCAGUUGCAGCUGCAGGAGCUGGAGGGCGUUUUCCAUCGCACUCAGUACCCUGACUUGUUCGCGCGAGAAGAGAUUGCAGGCCGUCUGAAUUUGACUGAAGCCAGAGUACAGGUUUGGUUUCAGAACAGAAGAGCCAAGUGGAGAAGACACCAGAGAGCCCUGAUGUUUAGAAAUCUGGCCCCUGUUGCCUUGGGCCAUCCUGUGGGGGUGAUCCUUGAUGGGCCCUAUCCUGCACUCCCUAUUCUAGAGCCAGGAUGGAGAUGUGUUCCUCUGGUGCCUCGGGGGCUCAUGCCUCCUGGGCUACCCCUACCACCUGUGCUCCCUGGGCCACCUCUGCCCCCUGGGCCACCUAUGAUGCCUAUGCUUCCCCCACCACCUGUGCCUCCCGUUGCUCUGGCCCCCGUAGGUAUGGCAUGGGCCCCUGUCAUCAAUGGUCAUUUCGCAGGUCCCAUUUUCUGA